AUGAUGGGAAAAGAUUUUUUGGAGGAAAAGCGCAAUGCAUUUCCGCGAUUUUUCUUCCUCGAUGACGGUGAUCUUUCUGAGCUUUUUGAGAGCAAAGAUGAUUUCGAUGCAGUUCAGCCUUUUUUCGAGAAGCUUUUCGAUGGCGUUUCUUCAGUAGAGCUCGACGCAGAAAAGAAGAAUAUUGUUGCGAUGAAGUCGAAGCUCAACGAACGACUUGAGCUUGCUGAACUAGUCUCUAUCGCUCAGUCGCAAGAAAGAUGGCUGUCGAAGUUCGAGGAGUCCACGAAAAAAUCUGUUUCCAACGCGAUUCUUCAUGCUUACGAGACUUAUGAGAAAAGCGCUGAUAGAAUCGAGUGGAUCAAAAGCAAUCCUGCCCAAGCAUCAAUUGUUGCGACGCAUUUGAAGCAUACAGAAGCAGUUGAAAAAGCCAUCAUGGCUUCUGGAAAUCUUAGCACUGUGUUGGAAGAUAUUGAAAAGCAAUUAGAAGCACUGACAAAGGAGGUUUUGAAAGAUUUGGACCAGCGGGAAAGGUGCUUGAUGGAAAACAUGAUUAUUAACCAGGUUCAUGACCGGGAAAUACUGAAACAAAUCAUCGCUGGGACGAAAACUUGGGAAUCAACUCUUCGUUUUUACCUCGAAAAUGGUCAGGUCAUUGUCAAAAUGAAUGAUUCUCAAAACGAGUAUGGAAACGAAUACCUCGGAAACAAGUCUCAGCUUGUCAUUACUCCUCUGACAGACAUUGCAUACAGUUCGAUUCUGACCGCAAAGGAGAACUUUCUUUGUUCUGCUCCUCAAGGACCGGCUGGAACGGGAAAAACGGAAACGACUAAAGAUCUCGCUAGAGCGCUGGGAAAGAAUUGCGUCGUUAUCAAUUCUUCCGACCAAUUGACGGAGAAGGAGACAGCGGAAAUUUUCAAGGGAUGUCUUACAAGUGGAUCAUGGGUCUGUUUCGAUGAAUUUAAUCGAAUCACCGCGGAUGUUUUGGAAAAAAUUGGAGAACAACUUCGAGCUAUUCAAAAGCAUAGGGAGGAGAAGAAGGGGACGAUUGAGGACUUCUGCGGUUCGAAAAAUCUAAAGCUCCGCGAAGAAAGCUUUGUCGCGAUCACAAUGAAUCCAGGCUACGAUGGACGAACUGAACUACCGGAAAAUCUGAAGACAUUGUUCCAAUCAAUUUCAAUGACAGUUCCUGACCGAGGAGUGAUUUCGGAAAUAAAACUGUAUUCGGCCGGAAUUCAAACAGCAAAUCAACUCGGAGAUAAAGUCGCUUUGUUCCACAAGCUGUGCGAGGAGAAGCUAAGCAAACAGGCGCAUUAUGAUUUUGGACUUCGAGCUAUUCUGAAAUCUGUAUCAAGCGCAAAAGCUCUCAAACUACUCUUUCCCGCCGAAAAAGAAAUCGAUCUUGUGUGCGAUGCUCUCCGAACUCAACAUUUCGGAAAGCUAACUGAAGAAGAUAUCUCGGUUUUCGAGCAAGUCAUGGAAGAAGUUUUUCCUGGCUACCAAUUGUUGAAGGAAAACAACGAGGAAUUCAAACGUAUCGCCACUGAAAUAAUCAAGUCUCUUGAGUUGAAAGCAACUGAAAAAUUCCUCACUCGUCUGACUCUCGCCUUCAAGAUCAUGAGAAAUCGUCAUGGCUUGCUCAUUCUGGGACAAGCUCGCACGGGAAAGUCAACGUUUUUGGAAGUCCUUCAAAAAACUCUUUCCAAGCUAAAUGAUGAUGAUCAAACACAAGAUGGCGAACCUGUUCUGGCGGUUGAUACCGAAACCAUUUGCAUCGAGAAGCUGAGUUUAGAUGAACUCUAUGGAUCAUUCGAUUCAACAACGAAAAAAUGGAGGGAUGGCAAAAUCACCAAGUUAUUUUCAGUAAGACGUGAUCUGUCAGCAGGAUGUGGCCAAAAAGUCAUGCUCACGCAUGUCGAUACCGCCGUCCUUAACUCGCCACGUUAUCCUGGUUCUUUUAUUGAACAAAACCAAUGUUUAUGGGAAGUGCGAUCAUUCGAUCCUCAAGCUCGCCUCAAAAUCGUGUUCGAUGACUGGGCAAUGCCUUUAUCCCCAAGUGGCGAUUGCGUUGCUAACUAUCUUGAGAUCCAGGAGCAUCAAACCUUUGGCGUGUCUCAGAGUGUAAAACUCUGCGGCCAAAAUCCGGGCUUUUACGUGUCUAACAAUGACAAAAUUACUCUCGUGCUUAGAAGCUCCGCCCAAAUACAAGGAGAUAAGAGCUUCUCGUUGCGCGUUGGUUUGACAACCGAGCCCUCAAGAACACUUGCUCAGGACGGGAGCUUUGUCGUCAACGGAGAAAGCCCACUUCCUCGUCCGACGCAGCCGCCGAUGCCGAUGCCACAGCAGCCGAUUCAGCCAAGGCAGCAAAUGCCAUUUGGAAAUCAGCUUGACUCUUAUUUUCUAACUCUCAAUAAGCCACCUAGCAUUAACCUUUUCGCUCAACAACCAGCCCCCGUGGCCCCUCGAGGCAUCGAAAUGAAAUCAGCUGGGCUUCCCCCACCUUCGCAGUACCAACCUCCGCAGCAGCCACCAGCUCAGCCAGCUUAUGGCCAAGUUCCUCCAAGUUCAAAUUACUAUGCUUACGGCGGAGCUCCAAAUGUGUAUCAGCAGCCGAUCGGAAGUGAUUACGGGUAUUACUACGAUGAUUACUACGGAGAUGGAGAGGAGAUAAGCGCUGGAAAUAAGGCUGUAGCGGUUUUGUUUACGAUCACUGUGGUUUUAUGUUUCCUAGCAGUCGGAUUCUACUUCUAUCAAGAAUGGCAAAAGAAGAAUAAUCCACCAGACAACGAAGACCCAGGAGCACCGCCAAGAAAAGCAACUCUUCGGGGACACCUAAAGAACCUCGACGAGUUCAAAAAGCAACUUGCUGAGCGAAUGGCAGAUAGAACCGCCGGUGUUCGCGAGCAAAUCAAGACCAGAACGAUCAAGGCGAACGAAAAACUCAAAGUGAAAGCGGCCGAAGUGAAAACAAGACUUUCCCGCAGAGCAUCUAAACAUGGAGAUGAUUCCAUCCCCCAACAAGCUCAAAACAAUCCAGCUAAUUGA